CGCGCACGACACGCUCUCUCGUCAGUUGUUUUGAGUCGGCGGCGCGGUGUACAUUGCGUGUCGCAGUUUACUUACACAGUUCUACAUAUUCUUCCCUCGCGCUCACUAUACCAUCCUUCGCCAUACAUCCCGGCUCUUCGCAUCUGCGCGAAUUGUACAGUUCGAGUGAUUGAUCGAUCGAUCCAAGUAUAUACCUACAAGCAGCGGAUAAGUUCGUGCAAAGCCGCGAGAAAAGGAGAGGAGAGCACGUUGUGCCCGAUAAUACAUUCGGUCCUCGCUUCUUCCACGUAUUCUCUCUCGGCGCGGCAGCGGCGGCUCGUCGUCCCAUAUAUAACCUCUCUUUAGCCUCGUUGCCGGAACGUGCGGGCUCUCUGUACGCAAUAACAUCCGUUCGUGCGUGUGCGCGUGUGUGUGCACGGAGAGAGAGAGAGAGAGAGAGAGAGAGAGAGAGAGAGAGAGAGAGAGAGGAAAGGGUAACUGCGCAAAAAUUCGCAGUUCCGAAAGCAGCAUUGAGCGACGAACCGUUUUUUCUCUCUCCCCUCGCCGCGCAUCAUCGAAGAAGCGAGCACGCCUAGAGCAGCGAGAAUCAGCUAUAUAUAAGCGAGCCAUCAGAGAAGCUUCGCGAGAAGUCGGAGGGAGCGGAGGAAGGGAAAGAAGGCACGAAGAGGCCGAACUUCGUGCCCGCGCUUCCUCUCGCUCUCUGUGCCUUCGACGUCGUCGCCCAUCAGCGUCGUCGUUCAGCAUCGCCGUCUUCGCUCUCUGGUUACAUCAUUGUUCGGCCACCGUCAUCGGGAAUCCGCGAGUGCGCGAGUGUACUCGAGCUGCGCUGACUGUUAGCGGAUAGCUCCACGCACCAGCUGCACUGGUGGGGAAUAAAGAGACGAGGACACAGAUAUAUCAGCAUAGAAGAGAGAAAGAGGAGGGAGAACUCGGGAGGAUGUCGCAUCAGCGCGACACCGUCAUACACCUCGUCGCCGGAGGAGUUGCUGGAACUGUCGCGGCGAUCGUAACAUGUCCUCUUGAAGUAGUCAAGACGCGACUGCAGUCGUCCUCAGCAGGCUUCUAUCCACCGAUUAACAAGGAGUUGGCCUCCGGACAUGUCACAUGUAAAACGGGUUACCCGAACCCCCAGCAGCGAAGAAGGUUGUGCACCGGCGAAUCGAGAAGGGUUUUCUUUUCACUCAGAUACUCCUUGGUAACGCUGUCACACUGCGCCGUAUCGCCUCCCCCAGGAGGUCGUCCACAUCACAUGCCAAUGCCUCCAGGAAUCAUGCAGUGCCUGAGGCACAUCGUCGAGCACGAGGGUCCGAAGGCCCUUUUCAAAGGUCUCGUACCAAACAUCAUAGGGGUCGCUCCGUCCAGGGCCAUCUACUUUUGCACCUACUCACAAACCAAAAAUUUCUUCAACACAUGCCUACCUCCAGACAGUCCUCUUGUACAUAUGUGCUCCGCUUCUUGUGCAGGCUUCGUCUCGUGCACGGCAACGAACCCGAUUUGGUUCGUCAAAACGAGGCUGCAGCUUAAUCACCACACGAAUCAAACCGGCGCGCUCGAAUGCAUCCGAAGUGUAUACCAGCAGUCGGGAAUAAUGGGCUUCUACAAGGGCAUCGUCGCCUCAUACUUCGGCAUCAGCGAGACGGUAGUGCACUUCGUCAUCUACGAGGCGAUCAAGGCCUGGCUGAUCACGAAUCGUGCCCGAAUGCCGUCGCCCGACAACAAUUCCAAAACGUCGCGCGACUUUGUCGAGUUCAUGGUCGCCGGCGCCCUCUCCAAGACCGUCGCAUCCUGCAUCGCCUAUCCACAUGAGGUGGUGCGAACACGACUUCGUGAAGAGGGCAACAAGUAUACCGGUUUCUGGCAGACCACGAAUACAAUAUGGAAAGAAGAAGGUCAUCGUGGCCUGUACCGUGGACUCGCUACGCAGCUAGUACGACAGAUCCCCAACACCGCUAUCAUGAUGGCCACCUACGAGGCAGUAGUUUACAUGCUGACCAAUCAGUUUGAGCACGCAGCGAACAACAAUAGCAACUCGAUGCAGAACACGCAGUUCUACUCCGAAUCGAAAAAUAAACGCGAGCUCGCCUAGGGAUUGCUAACGGCCCCAGAACAAUAAGGAGGGCCGUGCUCGAAUCGAAGACAAUUUACGAUAGCGUUUAACGACCGUUUGAGGCUUUCGAUUGAACACCUCGACGAAUGAUUGUAAAUGCGAAUAUUCUGUUACCUUAAAGUUUUGAAAUUUGAUAUUAGGUUAAUAAUAAUUUUAAGAUUUAUGGUUUCGGCUGCAUUUUUUGCACGUAAAUUUACCAUUGUUUUUCGAGGAAUUCAAUUCGAAACAUCGGGACCGUCCCACUAGCGCGAACGAAGUAUUGUGUGACCUGAUGCCGGGAGCUCGAAUAUCCCGCGCUAAGUCACAGCCACCCGUGUAGAUGGAGUAACGAAUCACUAGCUGCGCGCGCAGCGCGCGCCACUUUUUGAAUCUUAAAUUUUUUCCAGACUUAUUUUAAAUUAUUAGAUUUUACGAAAUCGUGUAUAGUGCACCCGAUUCCAAAAGUAUGUAUCGGUCGAACGUAAAGCUUUAAAAAAAGUGCUUUUGAAAUUACAUAGAUUUUUUACCCUGUUGAUAUGAUUGAUACUUGCGUUCGUGUUAAGCGCCAUUUUUGCACUUCGACGAGUACGGAUUUCUCAGCGCUGUUAUUAUACUUCGUUUAUAUUACACAAAUGAUAGUUUUUGUUCGUUUUUUGUAUAGAAAGGACGAUCGGUAAAUCCUGUAAAUAUGUGAUAGUCGUUAGGCGGUAGAAUCUACUCGUAGAUUCUUAGUCUUUACAUUUCUUGGAGACGUAACGACAUGUUGUAUAUAUUGUUCUACUUCGAUCAAACGAGUGAGAUGGAGAGAAUAUUUAAGUAUUAAUUAUGUGGUUUAUGAAUCCCGUCAUUAUUUUCAUUUUUUUUCUUAGCAUUGCUUGAUCGGCGGACUGAUCGAUGCAAGAAGAUGCGAUGGGAAUGGCAUACUUCUGUGAUUUUAGCUUAGCUCGAGACCCUGUGCAAAAAUUUGUUACAUUAUUUGGGCAUACGCAUGUAUAAAUUUUUGUUCGCAGCUAAAACGCACAUUUCUGAAAUGUAAAUAUAGAAAUGAAAUUGAAGAAUUAUACAUGGAAAGAGUGAGCGCCGAGGAAUGUGUGAGAGAGUAAUUAUGUUCACGAAAGACUGAAUUUAAUUUUAGAGUACUUAUGUCGUACUGCGUACGUCUAGUGAACGGACGGAAAAGAGGAAGAUUAAAAAUCAAAUUCAGAUGCGGGAGAAUAAUUAUUUGUACUUUGUUGACAUCUUUAAAUUAUCUUUCUUUUUCAUACAGAAUAUUACGUUUGAAUUUUUUAUUGAGACAAGAAUUUGAUGCUGUUUAAGAUAUUGAUGAAGAAGAUGUUUUUGAAACGAGACAUACUAUUGAUUUAGAAAGCAGGCAUUACAGUUGUUAUAAUGUUUGUCGUGCUUUUUUGUAGAUUUCUCAGAAAACAAUGCUAGUUAUAUAUUGAACGCAGUAAUUCAGUGCUGCGUCUAAAAUUUAUAAACGGAGCAUUGAAUUGAUUUAAGGAGUUUCUCGACUGCAGAAACAACACCAUGAUUUAAGUAUCGAUGUUGUUGCACAUUUCGUAAAUAAAGUCAAAUAUUUAAUAAGCUUUCAAUGCAAUGCUUUCUUACAUUAUAGAUGAUAAAUGAACCAAAAAGUCAAUCAUAUACUAUCUUGUAGAAAGAGAUUAGCAACAACUUAAAGGAAGAAUUCGAGAAAAAAGUUUUCAAUUGCGUCGAGAAACGAUGUUCCUACAUGUAUUAAAGCCUAUGUAAACUUGUACACAUUAACCUCCCCUGUUGUAAUAUUUAAAGAUAUUAAAAAUGCAUUGACAAAA